CUUAACAUCUGGGUUCCUCAAGGCAGCUCAGUGUCCACUGAUUUGCCUGUCAUGGUAUGGAUCUAUGGUGGAGCCUUUACAUCUGGAAGCUCAAUGGGUUAUGUCAUGGAUGCCAAUAUUUACAACGGGCAGAAGAUCGCAGAAAAAGGAAACGUUAUUGUGGUGACAGUGGGGUACCGUGUGGGAACUCUGGGCUUCCUGAGCACUGGAGACUCUGGUUUGCCGGGAAAUUAUGGUCUGUGGGACCAGCAGGCUGCCAUCACCUGGGUGCACAGAAACAUCCGUUCAUUUGGAGGAGACCCUGACAACAUCACCAUCUUUGGAGAGUCUGCAGGUGGAGCUAGUGUUAGCUUACAGACUCUAACUCCCCACAACAAAGGCCUGAUCAAGAGAGCCAUCUCCCAGAGUGGGGUCGCCCUUUGCUCUUGGGCUGUCAACAGAAACCCCCGCAAGGUUGCUGAGGAGGUUGCCUUGAAAGUCAACUGCCCAAUCGAUCACAAUAUGGCUGCCUGUUUGAAGGCGAUGGAUCCUGCACAACUAACAAUGGCAGGAGUCUUCGAUCAGACCAGUUCCCCUGAUG